GGUAAAAGCCAAAAGCAAGGUUUUACACUCAAAUCCCCACAUGUUGAUGUUUGUUGCCUCAGUUGGGGUGUUACUUUAUUAAUUCAUAUCGUUCGAGGAAUUUCAGCGAUUUUUGUGAUAUUUUCCAUCUAAACAAUCAUGGGCAAAAGCAAACAGGCACAUAAAUUGGCAUCCCAAAGGUUUGCACAUAUGAAGAAGAUGAUAAGUUUAAAAGACCCCAGAGUUUUGGAAAAGCUCGGGAAAAAGAAAAUAGAAAAAAAGAAACCGGAUGCAGUCAAUCAUGUACCGCAGGUGUCAUCAGCCCUUUUUUUUCAGUACAACUCGCAGCUUGGGCCUCCGUAUCAUGUUCUCGUGGACACAAAUUUCAUAAACUUCUCUAUCAAAUAUAAACUGGACAUUAUACAAAGCAUGAUGGACUGCCUUUACGCAAAAUGCAUACCUUACAUUACAGACUGCGUAUUUGCAGAAAUGGAAAAAUUGGGUAGGAAAUACAAAGUUGCUCUUAGAAUAAUGAAAGAUGACAGAUUUGAAAGACUGCCAUGCCUCCACAAAGGGACCUAUGCUGAUGACUGUAUCACACAAAGGGUGACUCAGCACAAAUGUUACAUUGUUGCUACCAAUGAUAGGGAUCUGAAAAGAAGAAUAAGGAAAAUUCCAGGUGUACCGAUCAUGUAUAUUGCUCAUCAUAGGUACACAAUUGAAAGGAUGCCUGAUGCCUAUGGAGCUCCAAGGGAGUAGUUUUAGUUUAUGCUAUUGGUUUUAUUAAGUAUAUAUAUCCAAAAUUCUUAAAUAAAAUUAACUUUUUUUUUUUUAAUUUUA